GAGACCGUAACGGAAUCAUUAAACUGGGAAGUGCUGCAGAAGAGCUUUAGCCGUGGUGAACAAAACACAGCAGACACGCACACAGGAGACAAACACAUGUGACAGUAGGUGAUGGGGUAGGAAUACUGCAAAAAUGAGGAAAAAUUGGUGCAUCAUGCUGGUAGGGAUGAUGCUUCUCAUCUUCCUACCUGGAGGUAGCCAAUCUUGCGAUUCUAUUACUGUUAAUUCUCCAUUAAUCUUUGGAUCCCGUCUCACUGCAACCUGCACCGUGAGCAGGACACUGUGUCGUGGUUUAGAGGAAGAUGAGUUCCAAUUUAAAUGGAAGCUAGACAAUGAUUUCAUCCCAAGCUCGCAGUACAUGCAUCCCUUCAAAAAUACAACCACAGUAACUCUUGAAAACUUCAACAAAUCAUCAGCACAGCUUUCUUGCUAUAUUAUUGGAGCCAGCAAGCGAAUGCAACUCAUAGACAGAAAAGAUGUUAAAGCUGGCUACCCACCUUCUCCUCCCACCAACCUCUCCUGUCUGAUGAAUCUCUUUGAUGACAAAUUGAAUUGUACAUGGGAGCUCGGGAAAGACCCUCUCAUUCAGACUAAUGUCACUCUCUCGAGUAUCAAGGCCACAUCAAAGUGUGAAGCUUCUCCUGAAGUGAAAGAAUAUAUAAUUCCCAAAGAGUACAAAACGUCAGCUCUUAUCCCCCGUAAACAGUUUAACCUCUACAAGAAACUUGCAGUGAGUGUUACUGUGAAAAAUGCACUGGGAUCAGCGACCUCUACUAUCUGCUUAGUGCCUGGACAUGAAGUCAAGCUAGACCCUCCAGUUAUCGAGGAAGCAACAGCGUCUGUUCCUGGCUGUGUUAAAUUACAGUGGAGAAAUGGCAAGACAGGUUUUUACAUUGUAGAACAGACAUACCAACUGCGCUACAGAAAAGAAUAUGAGAAAAAAUGGACAGAGCCUGCAGAUUUGGGCAGUGGUUUGAAUGAAACAAGUAUCUGUGGCAUCUUGUCUGCUACCAAGUAUCAUUUCCAGUUACGAAGUAUCCGGGCCUCUAAAACUGGAGUGUGGAGUGAGUGGGGACAUGAGAGAACAAUAACAACUUCGGAAUCAGCUCCUACAGGUAAACUGGAGAUUUGGUGGAAGCUAACAGAAUCUAAAGAUGGGCUCCAAGGGCGUAUUCAGCUUCUGUGGAAGGCACUGAAGAAACAUGAAGCGAAUGCUGAUCACAUGUGGUAUGUUGUCAAGAGGUCUUCUGGUUAUGGAAGCAAUGAUGCCAUUCUUUGUAACACAACAGCUCUCAACUGCAGCUUUUCACCAUCAAUAGGUGUGACGGGCGCCACUGUCUGGGCAUACAAUACAGCAGGGCACUCCCAAGGGACAGAAAUUACCUUCUCUAUAAAAAAAGGUGACUUAGGUUCUAAUUUCCAAGUUUUUCCAAAUGAUAAUUACAGUUUGCGUGUAGAAUGGGAGACAAAACCCUCAGCAAAAGGCUAUAUCCUGGAAUGGUAUGAAAGCUCAAAUAAUCCUGACAUUGAGAUCAACUGGAAAAGAGAGCCACAAUGGAGCCGAAAUUCAGUUUUGAAUGAAAAUAUUAAACCCUUUCAACUGUACAUUAUAAAGCUGUUCCCUCUUUAUGAAGAAGGAGUGGGUGCCCCUGUUCAGAAAGAAAUGUAUUCUAGACAAAGAGCUCCGGAUUUGGCCCCCAAACUAACAUUAAUCAGAGCCUCAAAGUCGCAGGCUGAGCUGUCCUGGGAGCCUAUACCCCUGGAGAGUCAGCAUGGGUUUAUCACAGGUUACACUAUUUACUGGACUGAUCCAAAUGGAGCAGAGCUCUUUGCAGAUCUGAAAGCAACAUCAAGAAAAUAUGUGAUUGAAAACCUGGAUUCGUUAACCGUUUACAAAGUUGUUCUAAGCAUCUCAACAUCAGGUGGCAGCAUAAAUGGAACUGUUAUGACAAUAUACACCACUCUUUUUGAUGAGAAUGAAGUUAACAUGCUGAUCAUGGUCCUCUGUCUGUCCUUUAUCACGAUCAUCAUUGUCACGUUUAUCCUUUGCAUAAUGAAACAUGAAAGAAUGAAGAAACGAUUCUGGCCCAGUAUUCCAGAUCCAGCUAACAGCAGCAUGGGAAAAUGGGACUCUGUAAAACAAGAGAAGCCCAGGAUGACCCUUAACACAAGAGAUGGUAAUCAAAUCAUUACGAGUGAUAUCACCAUUUUGGAAGGAUGGGCAGGAAAGAAGCCUGCCACUGAGGAUUUACUAAAGCACACUCCAAUCUUUCCACAAGAUCAUUCUGUGAAUUUUCAUGUACAGUCCCAGUCCACCAUUGAAAAUAUGAAUACACUGAUGUCUUAUGUCAACGUUCUAGACACUGUCCAAUAUGCCAAAGUGAUUACUGGAGGCUAUCGCGAGCAGAGCCCCCCAUCUUCUCUGUAUAUAAGGUCUGAAUCCACACAGCCUCUUCUUGGUGACACAUCUCCCAGCCCCACCAACUAUGAGAACAUGUGGUUUCACUGCCAAAACCAAGAAGACAGUGUGUUCUUUAUGGAAGAAGAAAGCCAAACCCACUUCCCUCUCCUCCAGGAACUGAAGAUUCAAGAUGAAGGAGAACCAUUUUGUCUCUACAGCUGAAGAGCUUGCGAUACAGUUCAACCCACAACCUAUUGUAAUCUCAUGCAGGCAAUUAACAUUGACAGAGUAACAACAAGUAACAGCAAAAAAUAUAUAUAAUUUAGAUUAACUUCUAUAUAGAAUUGCUUGAAACCUAGCACUAGGCUUUUUUUUCUUCUGCCUUCUCAUUACUUUUGGAGCUAAUAUAUUGGACCAUAGCAGAGAGAAUAUUAUUUUUUUGUAGAGAGUUCUAGAUGUUUUGGACAUUUGUCCAAAGAAAUGGCAAAUGAACAGUUGGCUUCAUUUACAUGUGGGCAUCUGCUUUUUUGGGGUUGUGCAUAAUUUGUCUACUUUAAUUCAUAAAGCAUUAUUUUUAUGUUUUUCCUUUCAUACCUGAUGCAACAAAGUGUGUCUUAUUUAAACAAUGGUUAUUCAGUUACUGAAUUAAUAUAAUUCCAAAUGUAUUUUUCGGAUACAGAUUUUAGUUUUAUUAGACUAAAAUGCAUCAUCUAGUCUUGUGUCUACUUGUGGUGCUUUAGAUGCUGGAAUGCUACUCUUGGGAUUUUAUGUUGGUCUAUUGCUGAUGAACAGUACAAUGCUGAAAUGAUCAUCUGGGAUGUACAUCUUAACCAUCAGAUAUUACUUAUUACCUCUUCUAUCAAAAUGUCCAUGUGAGUAAAUGGAUGGUUGCUGUAGGAAACCAGUAUGUCACCCUGAAUUGAUGCACUGGUGAAAUGUACAAAUGUAGUACCGGGACAAAGUUCUAUAUUAACCUGUGAUCGUUUCUUCCCUUUAAUUCUUCAUUUCCAC